CAAAAAUAUUGUAACGCAUGGAAAACUGCAUUGCCUUCAAAUAGGAAACUCUAACCUAUACCGCAAGAGAUGCAGAAUGAUUGACUUCAAAAGAAAAAAAUUGGGCAGAAUGAGCUGCCCUUUGUACACAGUCCCCAUGCCAUGCACAUGUAUUCUUCAAAAAAUCUCCUUUUUUUCGCUACUCUUCUUUAGUUCCUUUAUAAACCAGAAUUACACCAUUUGUGUGGCUCUUCUGUGUGAGAGCACUUUGAAUGACAAGCAGCACUCUACCUCUAAUACAUAAGAAUUAUAUUUUACUGAAAGAGCUAAUUAGUAAGGCCAUUCUUGUUUGUUUGCCCACAACUCUUUACACAUUUCCUGAAGGACAUAGAGCAAAAGCAUGAGGCACAGUAAAAACACAGGAAGCAAAGGAAGAUCAUAUGGACUUCUGCUGCUGCUCGCAUUUAGUGCUGCCGUUUUUGGAGUUAUGACUCUCCACAAGCUCAGGGACAGGCGCAUCUGCAGCCUCUUUGUCAAGGAGAAAGAUCGCGAGCUCAACACCCUUCAACUUCUCUUGCAGAAAGAAAGAGAACAGGCAAAAGAAGCCAGAAGGCAAAUAGAGGACAUGAAAUCCGAUAUACACUUGCUUCGUACGCAGAAAAUGGAUCUCGACAGUAGGAUCUUGGAGAUGAAGUCGACAAUCUCUUCCCUUGAAGAAGAACAAAGAACAACAGAAGGUGCCCUUGAGGAAAAGCAGGGUGAAAUUAAGAUGCUUCAGGAAAAACACAUCGAAACAAAGUCAGAUGAUUCCCAAGUUACAUUACUUUCUGAAACCUUGAGACAGAAAGAGGCUGAAAUUGAGGAUUUAAAACACCGUCUGGAAUUAUCACCUCUAAAGGUCUGGUCAGUAAGUGCAGAUGACCCAUCAAAUCCUGCAACAAAUUUCACCACUGAGGCUGCUGGACAUGAUGGUAGAAGAGCAAGUGAAGAGUUGCAUGAAUCCAUCAAAAGAGAAGAUCAGAAAAAUUCAGCAGAAGACAUAGACAGCAGUGUCAAUGAAUCUGCCCAUACGAGAAAUGAGGAAUUCACCGGGCAUGUUGAUGACACAGGAAAAGAUGGAGAGAGAUUUGAAAACGCAAACGGCAAAACUGGAGAAGAGCAGUCUCAGCAGCUGAAAACUUCUCAAGGAGAUAUUCCAGGAAACAGCACCAUUUCUCACAUUAAUGAAGGACAAAGAGAGAAUGCUAACAGUUAUAAGAAUGAGAAAGAACCUUAUCUAGACAAGAAAAGGUGCACUAAUGACAAUGCAUCUAAGGAAACUGAAGAUGAUAGAAAUCAGGUGCAAAAGCAAAGGAAUGAAUUUGGAGUGAAUGAUAAAGGUGUGAUGAAGUUAGAAAUGCAAGAGAAUUCAACAAGCAGAGGAACAACAAAAGUGACCAAGGACCACAUAAGGAAAAAAAGAGGUAAGAGACGGCAAACAAUUGUUAAGCGCCAGGCAGAUGAAAGUGGCAUGCAUCCUGAAAGUCGUGGAACUGCAAGCAUGAGAAACAGAAAAUUCUUGAAAGUAAAAAUGGGAACCGAAAGGAUCGAGAGGGCUGGAGGCAGUACACUGGAAACAAUGGGUCAUCAGACAAACAAGGACAUGGGCGUGGACGUGAGGAAAAAACCUGAUGAGGAAGUUCAUGGGAUAGAAAUGACCAAUAAAGUUCAACAAGUUAAAGAUUCAGAGGCACAAAUCAAUAACCAGAAAAGGACAGAACAAGGAGUAAAAUUAGAUACAGGAAAAGACAGAACGCAAGAUGUUAGCACAAAUCAUGAUGAUAGUCCACCAGGUAGGACACGGUCAAACCCUAACAAUUUUGCAGACGCAGAGGAAAGGACUCAAGUCAUGAAUCCUGAUGCAACUCAGAAGACUGAGGAAGGGCAGCAAAGAAAAGUCAGUAACACAGAAACUCAGCUGCUCCAGAGUUCUAGAGGAGACAGUAGCAUCUCACAAGAGGUCAAAAAUCAAAAUCCAGAUGAAACAGUACAAUCAGAGGAAAUAACCAGCACCAUCAGAGAAGAUACAGAGCUAGGGCAAGCUCACAAUCUUCCAAAUUCUUUUGAACAUGCGACUAUUGUUGAAAGGGGUGCCAAAGAAGAUGAAGACAAAGAGGUUGACUAUUAUCAAGUAACAGAAGAAGAGGGAGAUCAUUCUGGAGGAUCACAAGAUGCCAGAAAUCAAAAAUCAGAUAACACUGCACAACCACAACGAAAAACCGACUCUAUCAGAGAAGAUAGAGAACAAAAGCAUGUGGACAAUCUACAUGCAAAAAUUGCUAACUUUAAAGUUGACAGUGAUCAGGACAUAGAAGAACAGACAGACAGUACUGCUGGCUCUGCUGCCAGCUUGGGAGAGGAGGGAGAGGAUGGAGACCACAACGACAAGCCUGAAUUUUAGUCUAACAGCAGUUCUAAAAAUGCUAAUGUUAUGCUUCAUUUAGAAGUCGAUAGCAGAAAGUGUCAUGUUUAAGAUUAGCUUAGGGGAAUACUUCCAUUCUGCCCUCUUGCAGCUGUAAAUUUUAACAUUUGUAGCUUCUAUUCACUAAUAACUUUAUGUCUCUUCAAACAACCCCAUGUCCCCAAUCAACACACCCAUCCUCCCAACAUAAGUGCACACAAAAAAGGAAUUCAUUCCCUCCUAACCAGAUAUUGGAAAAGGAACACCAGAAAAGCAUAACCAUGGAUAAAAUAGGGGAAAAGAAAGGAAACAAGCCUCCUCGUGUUCACCGGGUUAAAAUUUACACCCAUCCUCCCAACAUAAGUGCACACAAAAAAGGAAUUCAUUCCCUCCUAACCAGAUAUUGGAAAAGGAACACCAGAAAAGCAUAACCAUGGAUAAAAUAGGGGAAAAGAAAGGAAACAAGCCUCCUCGUGUUCACCGGGUAAAGACACAAAAUCUAGGCAUUUAACUUUUAGAGCCAUGGUUUGGAUGACGAAGAAUUAAGAUUUAGAACAUGUUCUGAGUAAAUUAGGCUUUCUCGUACUGAAGACUAGUAGUGAUAAGAAUACAGAUCUAAACAAGAACCCUUAUGAAUGUCUCAUCACCGUCAUUGAAUAUAUUACUCUGUAUCUGUAGUCUGACGACAUGUUGAGUAGUUAAAUCCCAGUGAUACUACUUUGUAAAUUUGUUUAUGACAA